AUGCUGAGGAUGCGGACGGCGGGAUGGGCGCGCGGCUGGUGCUUGGGCUGCUGCCUCUUUCUGCCGCUGUCGCUCAGCCUGGCGGCAGCCAAGCAGCUCCUCCGAUACCGGCUGGCCGAAGAGGGCCCCGCCGACGUCCGCAUCGGCAACGUCGCCUCCGACCUGGGCAUCGUUACAGGCUCGGGUGAGGUGACUUUCAGCCUUGAGUCGGGCUCCGAGUACCUGAAGAUCGACAACCUCACGGGCGAGCUGAGCACGAGCGAGCGGCGCAUCGACCGGGAGAAGCUGCCCCAGUGUCAGAUGAUCUUCGACGAGAACGAGUGCUUCCUGGACUUCGAGGUGUCGGUGAUCGGGCCCUCGCAGAGCUGGGUGGACCUGUUUGAGGGUCGUGUCAUCGUGCUCGAUAUCAACGACAACACGCCCACCUUCCCGUCGCCGGUGCUCACACUCACGGUGGAGGAGAACCGGGCGGUGGGCACGCUCUACCUGCUGCCCACUGCCACCGACCGUGACUUCGGCCGCAACGGCAUCGAGCGCUACGAGCUACUCCAGGAGCCCGGGGGUGGCGGCGGCGGCGGCGAGGGCCGGCGCGCCGGGCCAGCCGACAGCGCCCCCUAUCCUGGGGGCGGCGGGAACGGCGCGAGCGGCAGCGGNNNNGGAGGCUCCAAGCGGCGGCUGGACGCUCCAGAGGGCGGCGGCGGGACGAGCCCCGGUGGCCGCAGUAGCGUGUUCGAGCUGCAAGUGGCGGACACCCCGGACGGCGAGAAGCAACCGCAGCUGAUCGUGAAGGGGGCGCUGGACCGCGAGCAGCGCGACUCCUAUGAGCUGACCCUGCGGGUGCGUGACGGCGGUGACCCGCCUCGUUCCUCGCAGGCCAUCCUGCGGGUGCUCAUCACGGACGUAAACGACAACAGCCCCCGCUUUGAGAAGAGCGUGUACGAGGCUGACCUGGCUGAGAACAGCGCCCCGGGGACCCCCAUCCUACAGUUGCGCGCCGCCGACUUGGACGUGGGGGUCAACGGGCAGAUCGAGUACGUGUUUGGGGCGGCCACCGAGUCCGUGAGGAGGCUGCUGCGCCUCGACGAGACGUCUGGCUGGCUCAGUGUCCUUCACCGCAUCGACCGCGAGGAGGUGAACCAGCUCCGCUUCACAGUCAUGGCCCGCGACCGCGGACAGCCCCCGAAGACCGACAAGGCCACCGUGGUCCUCAAUAUCAAGGACGAGAACGACAACGUGCCGUCCAUUGAAAUCCGCAAGAUCGGGCGCAUCCCACUCAAGGACGGGGUAGCCAACGUGGCAGAGGACGUUCUGGUUGACACCCCCAUCGCCCUGGUGCAGGUGUCCGACCGAGACCAAGGCGAGAACGGGGUGGUCACCUGCACCGUGGUGGGCGACGUGCCCUUCCAGCUCAAGCCAGCCAGUGACACAGAGGGCGACCAGAACAAGAAAAAGUACUUUUUGCACACCUCGGCCCCUCUGGACUAUGAGACCACCCGGGAGUUCAACGUUGUCAUAGUGGCGGUGGACUCAGGCAGCCCCAGCCUCUCCAGCAACAACUCUCUGGUUGUCAAGGUGGGAGACACCAACGACAACCCACCAGUCUUUGGCCAGUCGGUGGUGGAGGUUUACUUUCCCGAGAACAACAUCCCUGGAGAGAGGGUGGCCACUGUGCUGGCGACAGACGCCGACAGCGGCAAGAACGCGGAGAUUGCCUACUCGCUCGACUCGUCCGUGAUGGGGAUCUUUGCCAUUGAUCCCGAUUCUGGGGAUAUCCUUGUCAAUACGGUGCUGGACCGCGAGCAAACUGACAGGUAUGAGUUUAAAGUUAACGCCAAAGACAAAGGCAUCCCUGUGCUGCAGGGCAGCACCACAGUGAUUGUGCAGGUGGCCGAUAAAAAUGACAAUGACCCUAAGUUUAUGCAGGACGUCUUUACCUUUUAUGUGAAAGAAAACUUGCAACCCAACAGCCCAGUGGGGAUGGUCACUGUGAUGGAUGCUGACAAGGGGCGGAAUGCGGAAAUGAGCCUGUACAUAGAGGAGAACAGUAACAUUUUUUCUAUUGAAAAUGACACGGGGACCAUUUACUCCACAAUGUCUUUUGACAGGGAACAUCAGACCACAUACACUUUCAGAGUCAAGGCUGUGGACGGGGGAGAUCCUCCCAGGUCUGCCACAGCCACAGUUUCUCUCUUUGUGAUGGAUGAAAAUGACAAUGCUCCCACAGUUACCCUUCCCAGAAACAUUUCCUACACUUUACUGCCACCUUCAAGUAAUGUCAGGACAGUAGUAGCUACAGUGUUGGCAACAGACAGUGACGAUGGCAUCAAUGCAGACCUGAACUACAGCAUUGUGGGAGGGAAUCCCUUCAAACUGUUUGAGAUUGAUUCCACCAGUGGUGUGGUUUCCUUAGUGGGAAAACUCACCCAAAAGCAUUAUGGGUUGCACAGGUUGGUGGUGCAAGUGAAUGACAGUGGGCAGCCUUCCCAGUCCACCACGACUCUGGUGCAUGUGUUUGUCAAUGAAAGUGUUUCUAAUGCAACUGUGAUUGACUCCCAAAUAGCCAGAAGUUUGCACACCCCUCUCACCCAGGAUAUAGCUGGUGACCCAAGCUAUGAAAUUAGCAAACAGAGACUCAGUAUUGUCAUUGGGGUGGUUGCUGGCAUUAUGACAGUGAUUCUAAUCAUCUUAAUUGUAGUGAUGGCAAGGUACUGCAGGUCCAAAAAUAAAAAUGGCUAUGAAGCUGGCAAAAAAGAUCAUGAAGACUUUUUUACACCUCAACAGCAUGACAAAUCUAAAAAGCCUAAAAAGGAUAAGAAAAACAAAAAAUCUAAGCAGCCUCUCUACAGCAGCAUUGUCACUGUAGAAGCUUCCAAACCAAAUGGACAGAGGUAUGAUAGUGUGAAUGAGAAGCUUUCAGACAGUCCCAGCAUGGGGCGAUACAGAUCGGUUAAUGGUGGGCCAGGCAGUCCUGACCUGGCCAGGCAUUACAAGUCUAGCUCCCCAUUGCCUACUGUCCAGCUUCAUCCCCAGUCACCGACUGCAGGAAAAAAACACCAGGCGGUACAAGACUUACCACCAGCCAACACAUUUGUGGGAGCAGGAGACAACAUUUCAAUUGGAUCAGAUCACUGCUCUGAGUACAGCUGUCAAACCAAUAACAAGUACAGCAAACAGAUACGUCUACAUCCAUACAUUACUGUGUUUGGCUGAAUUCCACUCUAAAAUGAUGCUCCAUUAUGCACCAUACUGUGAUGACCUUGCUACUGCGAAACCUGCUGGAGCCUGCCCUUGGCCGUGGGGUGUCAGCCAAUCACUGCUUGUUCCACUUCUUGUGCAUUUUAUUUUCAAGGAUUUUUUUCUUUCUUGUUUAAAGACAAGUAGUAUGAAAAUAAAUAAACUUAUAAAAGAAACAGUAUUAAUAUUGAAAUGUGCUACUAAUAGAUAUUUAAGUCACCAGAAGUCCGUUCACAAUGAGAUGUUUGGCACCCAUUGGGCUAAACAGUGAAGUCUAGAAAAAUCCAAAAGCACGUUUCAACAAUAAUUUUAAAACCUUGGCUAUGUGUGAACAAAAGGAAGUUAAGCUUAUUACAUGUUUGUCUAUAAUACAUUAAAUACUGACUUUGAAUAAAAACCUAAA